AUGGGAGCUUCGCAAGUCAAAGGAGGUCUGGUUAGCAAAGUCGAAAUCUUGCCAGUACAAGCUGGAGAAGGCACGGCAUCCGGGACGACAGAUGCUGUUCCAUCACCUCAGCAGAAAGGUGAACCACAGCCGGAGGCAAGACAAGACUUCCAUAAGAAGAUCAGUGUGUCUAUGCAAGAGCACCUCGAGAUAGAGACACAGAAACUUGGUCUGGAGAACGGAGACUCGCAGGAACAUGUGGAGUCUUGCAACGUUAUAUCUUACGUCGCCGGUCCCGUCCCAGAAGGCAUCUCCAUAGGCAAGAUAUCGACGAACAAGGUAGCCUGGACGGAAAUCGACACUGAUCCGAACGAUCGUCUGCGCAAGAACGGUCUGCCAGCACUAAGACAAAACCCCUGCAACACAGUAGACAUGCUCUCGCAAUGGCCCCGUCCACCUUGA